GGCUCUCCAUGCCACAGUCGCGUACUUCCCUCAGUCCCCCGCGCAGUGUGUUUUCGUAUCCCCACCCGCUGACAAGGACAUCAUCAUGGCUUAUCAGAUCGUCGACAGUAACUACGGAAAGAACUGGGUGAAGCUACUGCACGUGACUCGUAACGGGCCGGAGCACACGAUCCGCGAAUGGGAGGUGUGUAGCGAGCUGACGCUGGACUCCAAGGACGACUACAUGAGCGGUGACAACUCAGCCAUCAUCGCCACCGACUCGCAGAAGAACACCAUCUACCUGCUGGCCAAGAACCACGGCCUGACGACGCCGGAGGAGUUCGGCCUGCUCCUGUGCCGUCACUUCCUCGCCCAGUACUCGCACGUCAAUCGCGUCAACAUCCUCAUCAAGCAGCACCCCUGGAGCCGUAUACAGGCGGCUGACGGUCCUCACGAGCACGCCUUUGUGACUGUCCGCGAGGCAGAGCGUGGCUGUCAGGUGCGCCAGCUCCGCGGCCAGCAGGCCACCGUCUGGGCUGAGCUCAACGGUCUCCAGGUGCUGAAGACCACCCAGUCAUCGUUCGUCAACUUCGUCAACGACGAGUACCGCUCUCUGCCGGACGCCCAGGACCGCGUCUUCUCGACGGUGGUGUCGGCGCGCUGGAGGUACGUCUGCUCGCAGCGUCCCGUCGACUACGACGCCUGCUGGUCGGCGGUGCGCGAGGCCAUCCUGGAGCUGUUCGCCGGGCCGGCGCGCGGCGGCAUCUUCUCGCCGUCGGUGCAGAACACGCUGUACCUGACGCAGGUCAGGGUGCUGAACCGGCUGCCCGACGUCGCUGAGAUCGAGAUGGUGAUGCCGAACAAGCACUAUUUCUCAGUCGAUCUGUCCAAGUUUCCGCGCGUGGGCAGCGCGAGCAACGACGAGGUCUUUCUGCCCGUGGACAAGCCCUCAGGUAACAUCAGAUGCGUGCUGGCCAGGGCCAACUCCAAACUCUGAGCGGAAGAGCCGAUGUUUAUGACAUUUAUGAUCUAUUUGCCGAGAAAUUGGCAAUGACAAUGACGAUGGGCUGAUAUUGGUGAUAAAAUGGGAAAAACAAAUGCAUAAGCUGCGUGCUAUAGUGCGAGUGAAGCAGUGUGUAAGUUGGUGGCGUCAAGUGCAAUUAAAUGGGCUCUGGCGGGAGUGCAGGGAUCGUGCAAUAUCAACUAUUGUUUUUAGUUCUGGGCUUGUGCCCGCUAUACUAUGAUGCAAUACAUAAGUCGCAUAAUCGUAGGUUAUUUUGCGUCCAAUGUGAAAUACCCGGCGUAUGUAGGGAGGUAAGUACACAGUACUUACCUACCACGAUUUCACAGUUUGUUUAUGUGUGGCUUAACUAUCUCAUUCUCUUUUGCAAAGAAUCUGUUUGCUGUAAACACUGACAUAUCAAGAUUUAUGUCUCACUAUAUUGAUAUCUCACGUAUUGGUGUCUCAUGAUAUUGAGUGUCGUCGGGUCGAAAGCAAAUAUAAUUUUCUUGAAUAAUGUGGAAAAAAGAAAGAAAGCAAAGAUAAUGCCAUGUCAGUUCAGUUGUUUAUUAUUCUUAUUGUUGGUGGUGGGUAAGGUGAAAUGAAAAAGUGAACGGUGACUACUGAAUAAAUAAACAGAGAAGAAAA